GAAGACGCAGUGAGGAGGAGGAGAAGGAGUUCACUUCAUCCGGGAGUCCGGUGCACUCAGGGAUAUUCUGAACUUUCGGGCUGAAUGCUGUAGCUCGGGGUCGGCCCUCUUUUUUUAAGUGUGUACGUGAGGUCCUUGCAUGCCUGCCGUGCAGAAAUGGGUCCCUCCGUGCACAUGAGGAUUACUGUACUCCUGGCCGCCAUCUCCUUAACUCAGGUGAUCACUGUCUCCUGCCAGGAAAACCCCAAGAAUGAAACGUGUGUUGACAAUGGACAAGUGUACGCCAACAAAGAUAUGUGGAGCCCUGAACCUUGCCGGAUCUGUGUGUGCGAGUCCGGCAGCGCUAUGUGUGAGACCGUUGUCUGCGAUGACCUCGGGGACUGCGCCCAUUCGGUGACCCCGGAGGGCGAGUGCUGCCCGGUUUGCAUGACCCCCACGACCACUCCCACGCCAAACCCUUCUGCAGCACCCACGGAGGAGGGCUCGAGCUGCGAGGUGGAGGGUGAGAUCUACGCUCAUAACGACAUCUGGAAGCCCGUGCCGUGUCGCGUGUGCGUGUGCGACAACGGCGUGAGCAUCUGCAGCGACGUGCAGUGCGAGGUGGUGCCCAACUGCCACAAGAUGGUGACCCCGGAGGGCGAGUGCUGCCCAGUGUGUGACAACCUGGCCAGCGCCACCAGGCACAUUGCAAUCAUGGGUUAUAGGGGACAGAAGGGUGAACCAGGUGAUAUUCCACAUCUGGUGGGAAUCCCUGGACCUCAAGGACCCUCGGGUCCUCCAGGUGCUCAGGGGAGAACUGGACAUAGAGGCUUUAAAGGAAGAAGGGGAUUCCAAGGGGCCCCGGGUUUUGAUGGCGAGCCUGGCAUACCAGGGAAUCCAGGCGAGCCGGGCCCCCCGGGUUUCCCUUCCCUCCCUGGAGGCAAUUUCGUGUCACAAAUGGCAUCAGGUUUCAAUGAGAAGUCAGCGGGCCUGACCGGAAUGGUAUCAGCAUCAAGGGGUGAACCAGGACCCCGAGGACCCUCUGGGGGAACUGGACCGCCAGGACCAAGCGGCGGCCAGGGACUCCCAGGCGAGCCUGGAGAGCCAGGAUAUGUGGGUGAAUCAGGUCUUCGAGGGCCAGAAGGGUUGCCAGGAAAAAGUGGUCCUGAUGGGGAGCCUGGACCUACUGGCGCACCGGGAGAUCUGGGAUUUACAGGAUCAGUGGGUGCACGAGGGUUACCGGGUACUCCAGGUGUCCCUGGUCAAAAAGGUCACAAGGGUAAGAUGGGCAUUUUUGGUCCCAGAGGUGAGGCCGGUGCUGUCGGUGUGAAGGGUGGUUCUGGAUCUCCUGGUGCCAUGGGUGCUACUGGCCCAGUGGGGCCACCAGGCUUAAUGGGAGAAAGAGGAAGAGCAGGUCCAUCUGGUGCUGUGGGAAAACGUGGUGCAGCAGGACAUAUUGGCAAACCAGGUCCCCUGGGUCCUAUUGGAAUCUCCGGUGUACCAGGCUUCCCAGGUGCCCCAGGACAGAAGGGUGAAGUCGGACCAAUUGGUGUGAGAGGAAGUCUGGGUCAGCAGGGAUCCAGAGGAGAUGCUGGUCAUGUUGGGCCACUAGGGCCUACUGGACGACAGGGAGCUGUGGGGCCUGAUGGAGCGCCAGGAACCAGAGGCGCAACAGGCCUAGCAGGUGUCCUGGGUCCAUCCGGGCUUGUGGGCCCGGUUGGGCCCCCAGGACCCCAGGGAACCACAGGAGCACAAGGACCAAAGGGCCAAGAUGGUGACGUCGGUGUGGCUGGAGUUAAAGGAGAAGCUGGAUUUAAAGGCGAAAGAGGUGACCAUGGUGCUCCAGGUCUGAUAGGCCCCAUGGGAGAUGAAGGGAAGCGUGGAUCCCGAGGUGAUGCAGGGUCUGUCGGUGACCCAGGAACUCAAGGCGAGACAGGCGUCCCUGGGAAUCGUGGUUUCCCUGGCACGGAUGGUUUUCCAGGUGCAAAAGGAGCGCAGGGCGAAAGAGGGCUGCCAGGCACAGCAGGCACAAAGGGGCUGACAGGAGAUCUAGGACGACCUGGAGAGCCCGGUUUAACUGGUGCUCGGGGGCUGUCUGGAAUUAUAGGUGCCGACGGAGAAGAGGGCAAGCCAGGACCACAGGGCUCAGCAGGAGACGAUGGAAAACCGGGCCCAGCUGGUUCUACAGGAGGUCGAGGUUUAGCUGGACCCAUGGGCCUGCCAGGACCAAAAGGCCUCACUGGUGAUCCUGGGAAGAAUGGUGAUGCUGGCAGUACUGGCUCACAGGGUCAAAGAGGAGUGCAUGGAAAAGAUGGCGAGGAAGGUGCUGCCGGUCCUACUGGCCCAGCGGGUCCUGCAGGGAAGAGAGGAGAGCAGGGACCACAGGGACCCAUUGGGUUCCAGGGUUUGCCUGGAGUGCCAGGCCCACCCGGUGAAUCUGGUAAACCAGGAACUGAGGGACUUGCUGGGGAGGAAGGCUCUGCUGGAACUUCAGGACUAAGGGGAGAAAGAGGUGCUCCAGGUGCAAGAGGUGAAACCGGACCCAAAGGACUGCAGGGACCUAAGGGUAGUCCAGGUAGUCCAGGCCCAGAUGGAUUCAAGGGAAAAUCUGGUGUAAAGGGAGCUGCUGGAGAAACAGGAAGUCCAGGACUUCAAGGGAUGCCCGGGGAAAGAGGCAUUCCAGGAUCCCCAGGCCCCAAGGGGGAUGUGGGCUCUGUCGGUGAUGCAGGACUAGAAGGCAAAGCUGGAAUUGAUGGAACUCGGGGUGUGUCAGGUCCAGUUGGACCUCCGGGUGCCGCUGGAGCUAACGGUGCCAAGGGCGAACCAGGCUCACCAGGACCCAACGGACGCCGAGGUACAAGAGGAGUACCUGGUUCAGCCGGUGAGCCUGGUGCAACUGGUGCUGCAGGUUUCCCUGGAGCUGCUGGUGCUGAAGGUCAGCCUGGCGUGAAAGGUGAGACCGGGGAAUCAGGCCUUAAGGGAGAGGCAGGACCACCCGGACCACCCGGAAUGGCUGGCACACCGGGAGUACAGGGCCCGGUCGGUCUGACUGGACUGAAAGGUGGCAGAGGAACGCAGGGUUCAGCGGGUUCUGCUGGUUUUCCUGGUUUACCUGGGGGCGUCGGUCCGCCCGGUUCUCUUGGUGCCGUUGGAGCAGAUGGGCCUAUUGGUCAAACUGGAAAGCAGGGCCCCUCUGGUAUUCGUGGUGAAAAUGGGGCCCCUGGACUUCAAGGCGAGAUUGGUGCUCCAGGCCCAGCAGGCACCCCUGGAGAGAAGGGUGAUUCUGGAGAGGACGGUUCUCCAGGUCCUACUGGACCUCUAGGACCUCCCGGCACCACAGGACAGCGGGGACUUGUGGGUCAUCCUGGUGUGAGAGGAGAGGGAGCCAUGCCAGGCCUGCCUGGUGCUGCGGGUCUUCCUGGAAAACCAGGAGCUCCUGGAGUUCCAGGGGGAAAAGGUCCUCCUGGUGGAGUUGGUCCAGUGGGAGCCACCGGGCCGAGAGGAGAUGCGGGCCCUGAGGGCGUGGCCGGUGAAGAAGGACCUCCCGGGACCGACGGACUCUUAGGAGCAAGGGGCGAUAGAGGUAAUGCUGGUCCCGAGGGUUUGGCUGGAGGUCCAGGUUCUCCAGGAAAUGAGGGUCCGGUGGGAGCUACGGGUAAUCCGGGACAAAGAGGUGAAAACGGUGCCAAAGGCUCUCCUGGACCCCAUGGAGCACCUGGAGUACGAGGCAAAGUGGGCCCUCAAGGACCACAGGGGGAGAAAGGACCAGAAGGUGAACAAGGAGAGAGGGGUCAGAAAGGUCACAGAGGUUUUACUGGUCUCCACGGUUUGCCUGGAAUUGCUGGUACUACAGGGGAUGGAGGUAUUCCAGGUAUUGUCGGACCAGCUGGGCCAAGGGGUUCUCCAGGCGUGGUGGGUCCACCUGGGAAGGAGGGGAACAUUGGCCAGCCAGGAGCAAUGGGUGCACCUGGAAGCAGAGGAACCAGUGGGGACAUCGGAGUUCAGGGCCCUGCUGGAGAACCAGGACCUCCAGGUCCUCCAGGCCCACCUGGACCUCCCACUGGAGCUGUAAGAGAAUACUUUGCAGCUCCCAUGGAUUUUGAUGAGGACGGUGUGCCAGAAGCUGUGGAGUUUUUCAAGGAUGACGUGGCGGCCGACACUCCUCCACUUCCAGAGUUUAAUAAAGAUGAGGCUCUUCCUAAUAAGACUCCCAUCAUCGUACAUACCACUCUGAAGACCCUCAGCAGGCGUAUGCAGAACAUUCUCAGUCCAGAUGGGACAAAGGAGAACCCUGCAAAAACAUGUCAGGACAUCAAGCAAUGCUAUCCACAAAAAACAAGUGGUGAGUACUGGAUUGAUCCAAACCAAGGAAGCACCAAAGAUGCCAUCAAGGUCUUCUGCAACAUGGAUAGCGGUGAAACCUGCAUCUCUGCUAAUCCAGCCAAUAUAUCCCGCAAAUCCUGGUGGACAAAAUCCACUCCCGCUCUCAACAAACCCAUUUGGUUCGGAGCCCAGAUGUAUGGCGGAACCACAUUCCACUAUGGAAACAACGAGGAGCAGCCAAACACGGUGGCAGUUCAGUUGAAGCUACUCCAGCUUCUCUCCAAAGAGUCCCACCAGAGCCUCACCUACCACUGCAAGAACAGCCUGGCUUAUAAAGACAGCAAGGGCACCAUGAAGAAAGCCCUGAUCCUAAAAGGGGCCAACGGUCAGGAGCUGAGGGCACAAGGCAAUAACCGCCUGCGAUACACCGUCAUUGAAGAUGGCUGUGUGACGUCCAAUGAUAAUUGGGCUAAGACAGUGUUGGAAUACAGGACUCAAACCCCAAUCAGACUGCCCAUUGCGGACGUGGCGCCCAUGGACAUUGGAAAGGCCAAUCAGGAGUUUGGCCUUGACAUUGGACCCGUGUGUUUCUCAUAAAACACAAGACCGGGAAAAAAAAUUAUGUGAGAAUUUGAGAAAAUGACUCCACUUCCUGUGAGCGCUGUGGAUGAAAGUUACAUCCCUGCAGUCAAAACACGUGGCUGCAAAAGACGUGACUGGUAGAAGGCCACCAUUAUUUAUUCAUCUUUUCUGUGAAACCUUCAUAUAGUCUUUUGAGUAAAGGGUGUUCUGAACAAAUGCCUAAUGCUAAGAAAUAAAAUCGCUUAUUAGGCAUUUGAUUAAGAAAAUUACAGAGUAAGAUAUUUAAUGUUGAAAAUUCACGUUUAAGAGUUUACACGUGUAGCCCUCAAUCUGGAUAGAAUAAAAUGAUUGAUUCUAAAUGAUUUGUUUGUGUUCAGAAACAUAUUACGUUCUUCAAAGAAAACGUUUGUUUGUGUGUGUGUUGCCAAAACUCUAAAAGCGUCACCUGUAAAUGCUACAUGCUUGACUGUAAAUUAAAAUUUAUUUGUUUGUUGUUGACAAUUGA